UUCGAUGCGCACUUGCAUCCUGUCAACUCAACACUCCCCAAAUUUACUCGGUUCGAGUUCGGCUCGGUCCACCAUGCCGAGAACAUAAAUGGCUCGGAAGAGUCGCUUCUACCGGCCGUGCGUCUUUUUUCUGUCCGGACUCUGGCCCCGGCGGAGGUGCAUUCUUCCCAAAAGAACUUUAACAGCCGCACUUGUAUGCGCCCUAUAUGUGUUUUUCACCCAAGUGGACCUCUCUCUACGGAGCCCCACUUGGACUACAACCGGGCGGAACCAAGUCACGGCAAGGGGUGCGUUGGAUUUGGGUUUAUUGAGCGAAGACUUGGCGGUUCCGACCCGCUCCAAUGUAGUGUACAUCACCCUCAGAUCCAAGCGCCUCAAGCCGGCCAACAUUCGCGGCACAGUGCGACCCAAACAGCGGAGGAAGGUGAGAAGAACUGCGCUUCCGCAUCCGAACUCACAGACUGGAUCCGAAACGGAGCCUCCCAUGAGUUCUAUCCGGAUAUACAGCCGCACUCCUCCGCCGUGGUUGAGCGCGCACGACGUGGGCACCAUGCGCGCACUCGCCGGUGCCAAAGUUUUACGCGUCGAACAACCACAGGAAACUUCGUGGCCCCUUUUGGUCUUCGAGGGAACCCGCCUGGAGGAGCCGAACGCGGUGUGCGGACUCGCUCUCGGCCCGAUGGACUCGGUGGAGGUGUUCGCCUUCCAUUUGGACAGAGUGCUCGGACUCAACAGAACUUUGACGGCCGUGAGCCGGAAGUUGGCCUUUUUACACGAUGGCCAGCCCAGUCCAGUGGUGGCCUGGGAGGCAUCUCUCGACCCAGCUGAUGUGAGCCUAACAUGGGCCGAGUACCAGAGGUCCUUGAAACAGAGGUGCUGGGUUCACAACGUGGCCCCGAAGCCUGAGUCAGGCUGCUCCGUGGUCCAUCACUACGAGUGGAGCAAACUGGCACUUUUUGAUUUUCUCUUACAGAUUCACAAGCGUCUGGAUCCCAGCUGCUGCGGGUUCAAAUCCCGGCAACAGGACGGGUGCCAUGAACCUGGCCGCCAUUUUGAAUGCAUGCAGCGAGAAGGCGUCCGACUGGCCAACAUAGUGCGCAGGCGUCAUGACCCGCGCCACCUGGUACUCGCCGUCAACAAGGGUUACUUUGACCGCAACGAGGACAACCUGGACUUCAGGCUACUUGAGGGGAUCAAGGAGUUGCCUGUGAGUGCCGUGUCGGUACUGACGAGCGGUCGGCUGCGGGAGAAGCUGCUGCAGUCGCUCUUCCUGGACCAGACGUACUGGGAAAGUCAAGGCGGGCGGUCCGGCGUCGACGAGCUCAUUGACGUCAUUGAGCGUCGGGCCCAGGUUCUCCUUACGUACGCUAACGCUCACGGCGUCCAUGCGGUCGACAUGAGCGAGUGAUGGCGAACAAGAUGGCGCCUCCCAUCAUCUACAAAACAAAACCUGAGCUGCAUUCACAAUCCUUCACUCAUUCCUUACCCCUGACUGUCUGUAAAACUACAAACACAAAAUUUGAACUGCAUUUUAGAUUAAAACCUCGUAAAGACAAGAUUUGUGACACAAUUCCAGUAUUUCCAUAAGCACUUGUUUUCAACGAAACUUUUUGUUUUAUUUUUGUACUUCAUUUGUAAUUGCUCAAGUGACGAUCAAUAAAAAAAAUUACACGCAGACUUAUUAAUAACAACAAAGGUAAAAAUGACACUAUGUCUCAGGGUGCUCCGAAAAUCUAUCGAGAUAGUGAAAGCCGAGUCUGAGUGAAGCGUCCUUUGCUGUUGUGUGCUCUGGGAGUCCGAAGGGGCUUUGCGGGUUAUUUUCUAGCGUCGGAACGGUCAUUCAUGCGGUUGUUAUUUUAACCUCUCUGCACCCGCAUUAGUGCGCCAGCGGAGUCCCAGCUCUUAGUACAUGUUUGUCUUACAAAAGACCCCAUCGAAUUCCCAUACCGCUUCCUACAUAACAGUGAUUACUGUACGUCUGUAUGUGGAUCCACGCUUGCUCCAAUAUGAGACCUCUCUCAAUGUCAUGUGGAAAUUCGAUUAUUUAUUCUGUCAGGACAUUCAAUCUCUAAAAAUAAGAAUGCUAAACUGCGAUGAUUUAUACACAUUUCAUUUAAAGUGUACCCCCGCAGUUUCCACAUUUGAGAUCUUGAUGAGCAAUAAAAUUUGGUUAAUAUA